AUGGAUUAUAUACACUCCUUCCUCUCUUGUCCAGUCUUGGGGAUCAGCUGCGGCGUCAUUCUCAUCUUCCUUGAAAUUGUCGUCCACGAUGUGUACUUGUGGACGUACCUUCCUCCUGGUCCUUGCCCUAUUCUACUGGUUGGCAACAAGCUUCAGAUCCCGUCGAAGCACCCCGGGAUCAAGUUCCAGGAGUGGUCGAGGAUAUAUGGCCCAAUAUAUACUAUAUGGCUAGGUCGCCGGCCAACAGUGGUCAUAUCUGACCCGUCAAUUGCCUCGGAGCUGCUCGAAAAACGGUCUAAAAAAUACAGCACACGCCCACGGUUUGUCACCAUGGGUGAGAUAUACUGGGAUAUGGCCAGCAUUCUUGUUCAACCUUAUGGCAAAGAAUGGCUCAUUCGCCGCCGGCUCUUGCAUUCUGCCCUGACGCCUCGGGCCCUAGAACACUACAAACUACUGCAGCCGGCCGAGUCAAGUCGGCUAUGCUAUCAGCUACUAGAAGGUGCAGCCGAAUGGGAAUCGCUAUUUGACCGGCUCGCCUCGUCGAUCGUGUUCGCCGUCUCGUAUGGUCACCGUGUCGAUAGCGCUAAGUCACCCGUGAUUAGACAGCGACUUGAAUUCAUGCAAUAUGCGUCCAGUUUGAAUGCUCCAGGAGCAUACCUGGUGGAAUCCUUUCCCAUGCUGAAGUAUCUACCCGAUUGGAUUGCCCCAUGGAAGGCGGAAAUCAAACGCCGUGGCUGUCUUGAGGCUGAGGCCAAUAUGGCACUUGUUCGUGUGGUGCGACAGGAUAUAGAGUCCGCGAAGCAGUCCCCGGGAGCAGAGCCUCUUUUUAAUAGUUUGACCAAGCAGCUCCUCGAGACCAGAGACUCAGAUCCCACGGCAUUUCCGUUGACUGAGCGGGAUUAG